UUGCGUAAUCGUACGUUAUUCCGAUAAAAGUUCGUCUGGUUGGCAUUUUAUGUUUUCGUUUCUCGUUUAAGUUUUGUUGUUGUUAUUAUUUUUUAAAUUAAAAAAAUAAUAAUUAAGUUAUGUUGAAUGAAGUUAACGAAGAUUUAGUCAAAGAACGUAAGAAUGCGAGUUUUAAUAUUAAGGAUUUGACGUAUUUACUCGAUGGAAGCGAAGAAAAAACUCUCAGAAGACGAGAAUUAGAAAAAGAAUAUUAUACAGAUCCAGAAUUAAAAGAUGAUUAUCCAAUUGAUUAUCAAUCCCAUUCCGAAGUGUACGAUAGUGCAUUGCAGAAAUCUCUCCAUUUUUUCCAUAAAGCUAUGGAAAUGGCAGAUCCACAAGAAAUGCUUUUGGUAGCUGAUGCUUUUUUACAUGAAGCCUCGCCAGCAGCAGUCCAUUUUAUUAUGUUUAUUCCUGCAUUAAUGGGAUUAGCUACCGAAGAACAACAAAAUAAAUGGUUGCCAGAAGCUCUAGAAAUGAAAAUAAUAGGUUCUUAUGCCCAAACAGAAUUAGGUCAUGGGACAUUUUUGCGUGGUCUUCAAACAACAGCUACUUAUGAUCCCAAAACUCAAGAAUUUAUUUUAAAUACUCCCACUUUAUCAUCCAUAAAAUGGUGGCCAGGAAGUUUGGGAAAAACUGCAAAUCAUGCUAUUGUUUUGGCACAACUCUACAUCAAGGGAAAAUGCUAUGGAAUACAUCCAUUUAUGGUGCAGAUUCGAAACAUGGAAGAUCAUCAACCACUUCCUGGAAUAACUGUUGGAGAAAUAGGACCAAAAAUGGGAAUGAGAGCAUCUGAUAAUGGGUUUUUAAAGUUGGAUAAUGUACGAAUACCUUAUGAGAAUAUGUUUAUGAAAAAUGCUCAGGUUACGAGAGAUGGUGAAUAUAUUAAACCCAAAAGUGAUAAAUUGAAUUAUGGAACUAUGGUUUUUGUACGAGUUUUAAUAACAGACAUGGUAGCUUUCAAUUUAGCUAGAGCUUGCACUAUUGCAACACGAUAUAGUGCUGUUAGAAGACAGUCUGAAAUUAUUGCUGGGAAAGGAGAAGUUCAAAUUCUGGACUAUCAAGCACAACAGUAUAAACUUCUGCCUUUAAUUGCAUUAACUCAUGCAAUCAAAGCAACUUUUCUUUCCUUAAUGCAAACUUACAAAGUAGCAAGUCAGAAUUUGGAAAAAGGUGAUUUGGGAAACUUGCCAGAGCUUCAUGCCAUAUCUUCUGGUCUGAAGGCACUAUGUUCUGAUAAAGGCAGUCGAGGUAUUGAAACGUGUCGUUUAGCAUGUGGAGGACAUGGAUACUUAUUAAUUAGUGGAUUGCCUCGUCUGUAUUCUCUCACAGUAGCAGCAUGCACUUACGAAGGAGAAAAUACAGUACUCUAUCUCCAGACAGCAAGAUUCUUAUUAAAGUGUUUGAAACAAGGAAAUUUAUCACCAGAUUCAAAUUUUAAUUAUUUACUGAAGAAAGGUGGCGGAAUAGUGACACCACUUUCUGCAGAACCUACUCUUAAAGAGCUACUCUCAUUAUAUGAAGCAGUUGCCUACAGGUAAGAUAUUGUGAACUAAUAUUCUCUAAUUAGGGGAGUGGUCUUGUUACCCCUGGUGUUGGUAUAAAUUUCUGUGAGGUGUGUUUGUCAUCCAAAAGUUUUGUUUUUCUGAAAUGAGUGAAUGCAACAUAAGUCUUUAUCUAAUAAACCAGAAAUGAAAUAUUUUCAUUAAUCACAUACUCCGAACCAAUUAAGGUGUGCAGAUAAAAAAACAAACAUUUUCAAACUCCUUCCGAAUUCUUCAUCAGGUUUUGAAAUGAUUCCCUGAUGGUUUUUUGUAACAGCUUUUGGAAUAAAAUUCGAACAAGCAUUCAAAUAUGUUUGAAAAAAUUAUUAAAACCAUGUUGCGCCUGCACAGAGUCACCCUGCUGGGACUCAACAAACAGCUAAGCAGCAUUGCCAAAGGCCUUUGACAAAACCAUUUCCUUUUUAUAAUUUAGGAUAUUGAUGUAAAAUCAGAUUUAAAAUGUGCACAGCCUCCAGCCAUCUGAGGUGUUCCAUGGGGUGCUGAAGCAAGGAUGAGCUUAGUCUGGUUAAAGUCCGUCACGAUGUCCGGAUCUGUUGCAUAUGUAGAGGGGGCUGUGGUGGUUUUCACAUGACGUAUAUCAGCAAGAUAUUCUUGUAAUCUGAUCCCCAUGGAGCGCUUAGUUGACCCUAUGUAUACCAGGUCUCUAUCGUAUCUGUUGUCCCUUACGGGAACACUAUAUAUGCCAGGGAGUCUGUUCGGGUUGGGAGGGUCUUUCCCAUUAUGUAGCAUGUCAAAAAUAGUUGGCACCUCCUGUAAGCGAGAUACACCCAGCAUUUCCUGGCAACUUUGCCACAUAAUGUUAAAGGUAAUAGAGACCCAUUCUACAUCAUCAGAUUGGUUAUCGUUCAGCAGGUCAACUAUGGGGGGUGUGUCCAGAGUGCAUUUGCUGAUAACAUUCUAUCAGCCCAUGUGUAACAUUGUGAUAAUCAUGUAUGGCAGUUACGCACUUUAAAAAUGCUAAUUCGGCAGCAAGAGCCUAGGGAUUGGAAGAAUGUGUAAAGGCACUUCUGAUUAAAAGACCUUGUACACCACAAUCUUGUAAGAAAAUGGAUCACAUGACCCCACUGGUAUGUACAAUGACACGGAAUCCGGGUAUACAAUAUACCUGAUAUUCCUUCAGGACCUAGAAAUAUUUUCUAGGUCCUGAAGGAAUAUCAGAAAAUGUAAAACCUUAUGAAAAUCAACCUUCUAACACAGAUGUUUGAGUUAUAUUUUUAAGAUUAUACAGUAAGACUCCGCUUAAUUUUGCCUUGCUUAACACUGAUUCGAUAUAAUGCUGCCUUCUUGAAGCCUUAAAAAAAAAAUAGCUCAAAAUUUAUAAUGAUUUAAAUUAUCAUAGCAUUUUAUUUAUUCGUACAUAAUAUGAUAUUUACAAACACGAACCACUCAGAAAAAAGUGGCAAAAAGGUGUACUUUCUUUAA